AUGCCAAAGAUUAAUAAUAAAUCAAUGUUGUCAAAUAAUGAACCUGAAGAUCGAAUUUCUUUUUUUAUUAACCAAGCUACUGUUAAGAACACUAAACGUUCUACUACUAAUUGGAUGAAGAAAUUUGCAGAGCAUUGUGAAGAAUAUCAUCUAAAUGGCACUAUUGAAACUAUUUCUGAUGUUCAACAACUUGAAACAAACUUGGUUCAUUUUUUUUCUUAUACCACACGUAGUGAUAAAGAAGAAUAUUCAGUUAAUUCUAUUCUAUCAGCUUUAGCUGCAUUUCAACGUUAUAUUACUGAGAAAUCACCAUUAAAAGGAAUUACUCUUCGCAAUAAACAAGAAUUUCCAACACUUAAUACGCUUCUUAAUGGAAAGAUUAAAUGGCUCAGUACUAAAGGAAAGGGUGAAUCAAAAGGUUCUGAAUCACUUACUGUUGAUGAAU